CCGACGUGAUUGGCUGAAGCAUCGGGUGAUGCAGCAGCAUGCCAUCGUUCCAUCGGCUCUCAGUGAGCAGCGGGGAAGCUGUCUUUCACACCGGGAGGCCAGACUGUGCUUACCAGCCAAGCUCACUCACAAGUAGCUCUCGUAGCCUCUCAAGCUCUGUUUCACCAUGCUGACCCGUCUGUUCCGUAUGCAUGGCCUCCUGGUGGCCUCCCACCCCUGGGAGGUGAUCGUUGGCACCGUCACCCUAACCAUCUGUAUGAUGUCCAUGAACAUGUUCACUGGCAAUGACCAGAUCUGUGGCUGGAACUUUGACUGCCCCAAAACAGAGGAGCAAAUUUUGAGCAGUGACAUCAUCAUCCUGACUAUCACACGUUGCAUUGCUAUCGUCUAUAUUUACUUCCAGUUCCAGAACUUGAGACAACUGGGAUCCAAAUAUAUUUUAGGCAUUGCUGGUCUUUUCACCAUAUUCUCCAGCUUUGUAUUCAGCACAGUGGUCAUUCACUUCCUUGAUAAAGAGCUCACAGGCCUCAAUGAGGCUUUGCCCUUCUUCCUGCUUCUCAUCGACCUCUCUAAAGCGUGCGCUCUUGCCAAGUUCGCCUUAAGCUCCAGUUCUCAGGAAGAAGUGAGGGACAACAUUGCUCGGGGCAUGGCAGUACUGGGACCUACCUUCACUCUGGACGCCCUGGUGGAGUGCUUAGUAAUCGGAGUGGGAACCAUGUCAGGUGUGCGACAGUUGGAAAUCAUGUGCUGCUUUGGCUGCAUGUCUGUCUUGGCCAACUACUUUGUGUUCAUGACUUUCUUCCCUGCGUGUGUCUCAUUGGUGCUGGAGUUGUCGCGUGAGCGUCAGGAGGGCCAUCCUAUCUGGCAGCUGAGCCACUUCUCCAGAGUGAUGGAGGAGGAGGAGGACAACAAACCCAACCCUGUGACGCAGAGAGUCAAAAUGAUCAUGUCUCUGGGCCUGGUGAUGGUUCACGCCCACAGCCGCUGGAUCGCAGAGCCCUCGUCUUUCAACACCACAGUGGGCAUCCCACAGGUCGGCAUGGAGGUGGACCACCUCUCACCCAGGAGGAUUGAGCCAGAGAAACCGCUGUGGUACUUCUACCUCACUAGGAUGAUAACCAUGGACAUAGAGCAGGUGAUCUGUCUGGCUUUGGCCCUGCUGCUGGCUAUCAA